CCUGUUUUGCAGUGCAGCUGCUUAAUCUUUCAAACACCUUUCCUGUCAUGAUGCGGAGCCUUCUACAUGUAGUCAUGUUGAUCAUCCUGAAUUUCCCAGCAGACUGUGAAGCUCGAGGCCAUGUGGUUUACAAGUCAGUGGGAGACAAAGCUCAUCUCACAUUGAAAGAAAACUGGAAUAUAACAUCAGUUAAAUGGAGAAAGGAUCUCAGACUGAUUGCAACUGUAGAAAACAAAAAGCCAGAUACAAAAGAUCAAGAAAAAUUUCAUUUACACAUUUCUGACAACUCCUUGAUUAUCCAUAAUUUGACGGUGAAUGACUCCGGAGAUUAUGUAGCUCAGACUGGACAAUGGGAAGAAGAAGUAAUAAAAUACAAACUAAUUGUACAGGAGGCUGUCUCAAAACCAACAAUCAAUGCCGAUCUUGAUCAUCAGUUAAACUCCUCGUCUGUUUGUCACAUCUUGGUAAAAUGUUCUGCUGAUGGCGAGUCAGUGACGUAUGACUGUAAUCACCAGCACUGCACUAGGACAAACGCCACACUGACCAGAGUAAGCAUGACUAUCAACUAUACAGAUGAUGGGGUGUUGGAAUGUACAGCCAGCAACCAUGUGAGCACAAAACGGACAUCAAUACCCAUAAAUAACACAUGUUCAGAAGAACAACCGGUACCCGGCACGACAACAAAAUACAAUUUGAUUUUAAUAAUCAUAAUAAGCUGCACACUGGUGUUUGGUGUCCUGAUGAUCUGUGUUAACAGUUUUAAUGAUGUCAGAAAGAAAAAAUUGGUAAAUACAUCAGUACUCCCACAUGCGCAAGCCAUACUCCAUUAACAUGCAUUAUUUCCAUUACCUGUUAAAUAAUUUCUUAUGUGGUUAGAAUAAAGGAACAUAUGAAGAAGAUAGGGGUGUUUGCACUCUUUACACAGAGGUGGGAAAACCACUAAGAGUUGAGAAUCUAGCAGACAGCAGCACUACACAAAAUGCAACAACAACAGUUUAUGAUGUUCCUUCGAAAUGUGUAAGAUACAAUCAUAUUGCUUUUUUAAAAAUAAAGUACAAUAUAUGC